AUGCUACGAAUGAGGGAAAUAACUAGAGUCAUACCAACAAUGCUGUUUGCUAGGCAUACAUUUCGCGUCGCACCCACUAUUUGCAAGUUCUCUACCAGUAUUCAGUUGUCAACAGCUUCCACUUCUUAUCUACCUGAAGCUCCAUUACCACCACCUAGGGAAAUUAUUUUAAAUUCUUUGGGUGAACCAACUCUUGCCUCUCUGGGUUUGAAUAGCUAUUGGCCUUCAGGGUGGUAUCAAAGUCUGUUGGAGGCUUUACAUGUCCAUUUAGAAUUGCCGUGGUGGGUUGCAAUUACUACCACAACUGUCAUAAUACGUUUGUGUUUGUUUCCACUCAUGGUUCGCCAGCGACGUAGUUUGGCCAAGUUCACUGACGCUAUGCCUCAGUUCACAAUUUUACAAGAACGUCUAACGCACGCCAGACUUUCAGGAAAUUAUGUUGAAGUCAUGCGUACUUCUCAGGAGAUGCAGAAAUUUAUGUCAACAAACAAUCUGAAUCCACUGCAAAGCUUCAAAUAUAUCUUUGUCCAGGUUCCAAUUUUCCUCUCCGUUUUCACAGGAAUUCGAGGAUUAGUCAAUUUGCCAGUUGAAAGCAUGCAAACAGGAGGAAUUGGUUGGUUCACUGAUUUAACAAUUGCUGAUCCAUAUUACAUCUUGCCGCUUAUGUCUAUGACCACACUGAUGGUGACAUUCGAGAGCGCUGCUGAAAUGCCUUCGCCUAAUGUACAGCCAAUUGUACGAGUAAUUAUGAGGGGGGUACCUGUUAUUGGUUUUCUUUUCGUGAUGAAUAUGCCGUCUGCUUUGGUGUGGUACUGGACAGUAAGCAAUGUACUUGCCUUCAUCCAGACAUUAGUUUUACGUCAAUCAGCUGUUCGUUCAUUUUUUAACAUACCUACUCCUCGAACACCCCCAGCACUUGAAAAGAAACGUGGUUUUCUUGAUGGUUUCAAAGAAUCAAUGAAUAACUCUCGUCUGAUUGCCGAGAUGGAGACAAGAGAUCGAGUGAAUGCGAAAACUUGGCAAAAGGCUGGUCUUAAAGGCGCUCCUACUACAUACAUGUCUGAUCCGACCAAAUCUAAUUCCCAACCGAAAAUAGUUUCCGCUCCCGUCCGCAAGAUUCAACGUCUGAGUUACAGUAGGGUGUGUGUCCCAGUCAUGCCAGUUCCCUCUGGACAACAUUUAAUUCCUAUAGAAGCCCUUGCCGAGUAUGACAUUCGUGAAUUACUUUUGGAUGGGCAGGAAAUACUCGAAAAACCUUUAACGCCAGUUGCAAACUUCCAAAGAAUCGUCAAUCAAUUAGACUUUUCUGAAGGUUGUAGCUCUGAAGAGUCGGAAUUACCGUCUAAAAACGUCAUAUCUCCAAAAAUAUGGGAAACUGUUAAAGAAACAAUGCGUACGACGAUGAUUGAAAUCAAUGCACUGGUAGAUGUUCUUGGCAUUAUCAAAGAGGGAAAAUAUUUGGCGAUUAAUCCUGUUGCUGGUGAUCCACUUGAAACCAAUCUUCCUUUGAUUUUAUCUGGGAAAAAACGAUCAAUCGCUGCAGCUGCUGAUAUAUUGAUAAAGGGGACUGAACGUCUUCGUCGAAGGCAUAGCGAAUUGGCUGAUGCUAGAAUACGACGUUUUAAUCCAUCUAUGCUGCAACAUUCCGAUUUGCCUCACAACUCCUUUCAUAUGGCAUUGAUGCAUCUACGUCAAGAGUGGAGAUUAAAACUUUACCAAAACUCAAUUUUAGGUGAUGUCAGUCUACGGUCAGUUGGUUCUCACUUUAAGGAAUGUGGAAAUUUUGAAAUCCGAGAGUCCGACAUAUUUGCUGACCAAAAACUGAAUGAAAACUCAAAGGAUCAAAAAAAUGUGGAUCCAUUAUCCGGAGUCACGGUAAUUUUUUCACAGUCCAUGGAGGCCCUUUUAAAUGUGUCACGUGGGUCUGGUGGUUUAAGUGUUAGAUUCGUCAAAUCAGAUGUCGAUUCUCAGUCUACAUCACUGAUGAAAGCUGUAUGUAGUGAACAACAACAGGUUGAAAAUCUACAACCACUCACCCAGAGGCAGAGACUGUUUAAAGCUCAGAGAUUGUUAGAAUGUCGAGAGAUUCUAUUCCAACUUGCUUAUGAAGCAUGCAACUCAAGAGGACGCAACUAUCUCGUCGAUUCCAUUGCCUUUGUAACUCAAGAAGAGAUUGUAGCCACAUUAUUCCCCGGAGUACAGAUAUCUAUAUCGCUUAACAUGAAAUCAAGUUUGGAUGAGGACGAUUCAGAUUGUGUAAAGGCUGAACUAGUAGAUAAAAGGCCAUCAGAUAGCUUGACCUCCAUUGAUAGUUGCUCAAAUUCUUUACACCUACAACUGCAUCGUAUGUUAGCAGCUCAACAUCGUACGGCCUGGCCAAAUCUUGCCAGUUUGCCCCAACCUACGUGUGGUCCUGUACAAGUUCCAUUACAUUAUCGUGCAGCUGGCGCAGAUGGAUUACCAGCUUCAGAGUUUUCAUCAUCAUUGCACGACUCGAGCUCUUCCGCUGGAUGUUCUGUUCCUGUUGGUAGUGUUUCAGGCUUUGCUGCUCAAGUUGCUUCUGCUUGGUCUUCUCUUCAAGCUUCUGGUAGAAGUCAUCUAAAUAGUGUUGAUAGAACAGAUGUUUACAGCCAGCGUUUACAGCAUACUUUUGCUGGCCAAGAUCGCCUAUCAAUGUUUACUGAAUGGGGACAUUCUUUUCCAAGUGGAAAUCGUGCCUCAAGUUCUGUAGACGACUCAGUUCCUGUUUCUGCUGGCUUGGCUGCGAUAGAACAUGCCUUGUUAUCUCGAGGUGCUGAUGAUAAUGCACUGAAGACUGUAGUUGGGACAAAUUUGUCUUUAUUUAGCCGCACCAUCAGAAUGUGUCGACAUUAUUAUCUUCGAGAUCAGGUAUACGACAUCAUAUCCGAGUUUUCCAGACAUUCUCCUGUUAAAAUUAUAUCACAUUGGGAUUGUUUUAAUUCAGCUUACGAAACAUCAGUCAGGUUGUGUUUCUACUGUACAGAUUAUGAUGCUUAUCGAACAUGGAUAGGUGUAACGGUUAAGUCUAAUGGUAUUUCCGUGUCAUAUUCUGACGCCCCACGGAUCUAUCGUAUAGGCACAGAUUUGAAAAGACUCAAAGAUAUUUUGAAGAACCAGGUCUUGCACACUCAAAUGAAUUAUUUGGAUAUACUAGCCAUAAAAAUUCUUGGUUGGGUACGUUUGGGCAAUAAUCCAUUCUCAGGAAUACCUAAUCCUGAAGAAAUAAGUGAUAGUCCAGUUGUUGUGAAGAUUUUCGCUUCACCUUCGGGUGAAUACUUGGUUUGCUUACGAGGGAGUGCUGGUGUAGGUAUACAGUUAUUUAUAAACAACCGUGCUUCACGAGAUGAUCAGUUACCUGCUGGCCAGCGUGAUUUAGUUUUGAAUGAGAACUAUCGGGAAGUCAUUCUUUCUUCUAUGUAUGGGAAACAUUUGGUGGCUAAAGUGGAAGCAAUUAUGACUUUACUAUCAUAA